AUGAAGCUCAAAUUGUUUGUAGAUCGUCUAUCUCAGCCAUGCCGUGCAAUUCUCAUCUUCUGCAAGAUGAAUAAAAUAGAGUUUGUGGAAGUUCGAAUUGAGCUUUCUAAAGGCGAGCAGUUGUCUCCUGAAUUUAAAGAAAUCAAUCCCAUGCAGAAAGUGCCAGCCAUGAAAGUGGAUGAAAGAUUUAGGCUCUUUGAGAGUCAUGCAAUUCUACGGUUUCUGGCUGGUGCAUUUCCUGGAGUUGCAGAUCAUUGGUACCCAGCAGACCUGUUCAAACGAGCUGAGAUCGACUCAGUUUUAGACUGGCAUCACGCCAAUCUACGACAUGGUUCAGCUGGAUUAGUCUUCCAUAGCAAACUGGCACGUCUUUCUGGUAGGCCUUUGGAUUUACGAGCAGCAGCUGAUUGUGAAAAAGUGCUCUCAGCUUCUCUUGCAAAGAUCGAGUCCGUUUGGCUCAAGGAGGAAGGACAAUUUCUGCUGGGAAAUUCCAAACCUUCUAUUGCAGACCUGAGUUUGGUCUGUGAAACUAUGCAACUUGAGGCCUUGGAUGAGAAGGAUCGUAAACGAUUAUUAGACCCACAUGAGAAAGUUCGGAAGUGGAUGGAUGAUACAAGGAAUGCAAUGCAACCUUACUUUGGAGAAAUUCAUGGCGUCCUAUUUCAAUUGAAAGACAAACUAAAGGAGAUGGAGUCUGAUGAGUGAUGAGGCAAAUUAAAAUAAACUGAUAUAUAGUCUGCUUAAAAUAAAACAGAUGCGGCAUUGCAGCUAUCUGUUUAGUUCCCUCAGUAUGAUUUCCAGGUUCUUUAAACCUUGAACAACCAUUUGAUUACGUGCAACGUUGUGUAAGUUUGAGUUACAGUACUUUCUUUUUUUAUGUUUUGUUUUUUAACGUUUUGU